GUUCGCCCGCGGAACCCUUGAAUGGAGCAGUCGGGGCAACAGGGACAGAGCACCGGAAGGGACUUGUCAGGACGAUUUCGAAAGAGAAAAGGAAGGGGAGGGACGAGGAACCAUGGCAGCUAUGGUUGCUGUUUGCGGUGGUCUGGGGAGGAAGAAGUUGACCCACUUCGUAAAGGCUGCUGCCUGCCUGACAGAUCCCGGAACUCCCGCGGUGCUUUGGAGAAGUUGUUCACAAUAUAAAGAGGUAACCAGCAAUGAGGACCUGCCCGUUCCAAUGGAAAAUCCUUAUAAGGAGCCUCUUAAAAAAUGUGUCUUGUGUGGGAAACGUGUAGAUUAUAAGAAUGUACAGCUUUUGUCCCAGUUUAUUUCUCCAUUUACUGGAUGCAUUUAUGGAAGGCACAUAACAGGUCUUUGUGGGAAGAAACAAAAAGAAAUCACAAAAGCAAUUAAGAGAGCUCAAAUAAUGGGGUUUAUGCCAGUUACAUACAAGGAUCCUGCAUAUCUUAAAGACCCUAAAGUUUGUAACAUCAGAUAUCGGGAGUAAAUUAUAUAAGGUUAUCAUCAAUAAACUUAUUUUAACAGUAAA